CUAAGUUUAGGGGAAAAAGAAAACAAAAUAUUCUCUCCGAUAUUUCCUGUACUUCCAUUUUUAUCUCGAAUUCGUUACUUUUCUUCUUUUCUUUUUUUCUUCUUUUUCACUUGGUCGGAAAAUUCCAGCCAAUCUCGAAAAUCAUCACACAAACAGCUGUUUCCGUAUCCUAUUUUAACUUUUCAGCCACCCGUUAUUAUUUUUUCAAUUCCUCCUCCUGGGAUGGUCAUGAUCUCAUUGCAAACAUAACCAGAAUCAAUGAAGCAACUCUCACUAGAUUCUAUUUUCUCGGGGGAAAUCACGUUUCUCUGAGACGGUUAUCUCGUUUGCAAUCACGAUUCUAUCAAUCUUUCUCUCUUUGUUCCGUUAUGAUACUUCAAUCGCCUUUAUUGGCAUCGGAACAAAGAAACUCUCUGCCGACGAGGAGCAAACACGCAGAGAGGAGAAAAGUAGGAGAGGUAGCUGGAGGAGCGGCGGCCGAGUGUGCGGCGGUCUGGUGUUGCUGUCCUUGCGCGGUGGUGAACCUCGUCGUUCUCGCCGUGUACAGGGUUCCCGCGGCGGUUUGCAAGAAAGCGUGGAGACGAAGCAAACGACGGCGUUUUAUGACGACGAAACGGCACGGUUUACUUGCGGAAGGGAGCCAGAGCACCGUGCACGCUAGAUUGAAGGAGGAAGAUCCAACGGCUGAGAUUAUUGUUUUUGAAGAAAGUGCAGUGAAUGUGAAUGGCGAGUUAAACGACGUUAUGGUGCUUGAGGGUGAAAUGUUGGAACGGUUUUACGGGACGGGGUUCUGGAGAAGCUUGUCAAAGAGGAACACGUGAUAACCAACUCUUUGCAAAAAAUAAUACACUAGUAAUUAAUUAUUUAAUUUGACAUAUAUAUGUGUAUCAAAUGUGGCUUUAGUUAGUUAGAAUUUUUUACAUCAAGAGAUAUUUUAUCACUUUUCAUUUUUCAAUUACAUCCAAAUCCAAAGCUAUAAUGCACUUGCAAGACACUUUCUCAUGGGACAUAUAGAGAGAAUAUAUAUAUUUGCUUUUGGUAUCUUGUA